UUAGUGCGAGAAUACGUUUAAUGCCCAAUGUUUUCACUGUGUGCUAUAAAAGUUGAAAUGAUACUAUUUAUGGAUAACUGACAGUUCCGUUGGAAUUAUGAUUAUAUUUUAUAAGUACGUUGUAUAGAGAGAAUUGUUGCUAAGUCGAUCAAAAAUUGUACAAUAAAAAUCAUGCAAUACGAUUAUAUUGGAUUUAUAGUUGCGGCGUUAAUCGCCAUCGGCGGAGCCAUUGGAUAUUUUAAGGCAGAUUCCGUCGCAUCAUUGAUUGCUGGAUUGGCUUUUGGUAUCAUUUUGGCUGUUGGCGCAUACUUUAAUUCAAGAUCACCACCGAAACCUUUGCUGGAAUUAGUUGUGCUCCUUAUUUUGGCCGGAUUGAUGUUCUUCCGUUAUUAUAAAUCAGGCAACUUCAUGCCCGCUGGUUUAACCGCAGUAAUCGCACUUGUCGGUCUUGUUAUCAAUUCAAUCAUUUAUUACGAUGACCUGCGAAAUCAAUUGUCAUAAAUCAAUUUUCCAAAUGGAAUUUUUCCACAUGCAGCUAAACACACAUCUCUAUUGAAUACAAGCUAGUUCCAAAUUUGAUAAUAUUUUUUUAAACAGAAUUUCGGAUUUAUUUUGUCAAUAAAAAAAAAAUUUACAUUUUGAAACAAUUUCGAAA